GUUUCUUUGGUGGGGAGUUUGCCUCUCUGAUCAUCACCAUAUAUCUCUCUGCUUCUAUUUCUUCAAUCAGGUCGAACCAAUCGGUUUAAUCCUCAAGCGAUCACUUUUCUAGUUCGAUUCACCUUCUUAGAAACUGAGAAAGCCAAUAAGAUGGACAUUGAAAAUGAAGAGAGUCUCUUGAAGAAGCCUGAGGAGGUUGCAAUGUCACUCCCUUCCCUAGAGGAUAAUAUGGACACAAAAGGUGCUAUGCCAUGGAGAGACAUAGAUAUUGAGGGGGGUCAAUCUCUUGUGAAAAUUGGUAAGGAAGGCUUCGACCUUAUUGAAAGACUACGUCUUCUUAACAAGACUAUGGACACAAGAAGCACCAUGCCGAGCAAUGAAAUGGAUACUAAAGGGAAGCAACCUUGUGAGCUAGAGGACACAGAGAACAAGACUCCAUCCCAAUUUGGAACUGGAGAGUUCUCAGAGAGCAACGAGCAACCACUUGGCACAGAAAGUUCAUGUUCCGUAUCUGAACCUAAGGUGGACUAUCGAAUAAUCAAGGAGAGGUUGGAGACACUGAACAGGAAGAAAGAUGUAGUAUGCCUCAUCUUAUCAUAUUCUAUGAAUAUGGUGGACAGAGCAAGACAUAAAAGGUGGAUUCAGGAUGUUUUGAGUAUCAAUCAGAGAGUAGGAGAUGUGGAAACACUCAAAAAGAGGAGGAUUUCAGAAGAUGCUUCAGAGAUUUUUUCUCAACUCACUAUACUACUGGACCAUUCAAUAGAUGAUAUUGAAGCUUAUGUUCCUCGAGAGCUGUUUGACAAGAUGUGCAAGAAGACCCCAGAAGUUGAAACCACUCCCACGGUGCUUGGAGAAAUUGGGAUACCAUCUGGUUCAGAGAUAGAGCAAGGUGAAAAGUCAGCAGUGUGUCAUCAAAAGAUUAUUCCCAUCCCGAAAGAAAUACUUGAUAUGGCAGCUGGUUUUGCCACUGAUCAGAUUUUCCAAAACAUACAAAAUCCCCAGAUUAUGAGGAUUGGCAUUUCAGGAAGAGAUCCGAAAAGAGUAAUGUCAGAAUUGAAGCAGCAUCUACCGCAUACAAAGAAAAUGUUUGAUGUUGUCAUUGACAUUCACGCUUCAUCUUUUUCAUCCAUCAACGAUAUUGAAUGCAGUAUUGCUGCAAAAGUUGGUAUGUCAGCAUCUAGCACAGAAAAAUUCCAUUAUCAUAUGAAAGACUCAAACUUCUUAAUCCUUCUGGAAGAUAUUAAUGACAGAAUAGAACUGUACAAAGUGGGGACCAAGUGGUGGAACUUGAAGAGGCUUCAAGCUAUAGUUUCUACAUCUACAUUUCAGAAAGUUUAUCAGAGAAUGGCCGCUGAUCUAGAGAUUAGGCUGGAGGAUCAUCUGUUAUCAUGGGAAUUAUUUUGUAUGAAUGUUGGAGAAGUUUUGCUUUCUACAUGCAUCCAACGCCAAGCAGUCAACGUGGUUAAAGCAUGCUGUGGUCAUUUACUUGCCAUUGUUCUAAUGGCGAGAGCCUUGAAGGAGGUCGAGGAUGUUCGCAUAUGGAGAGAUGCAUCUCAUGCGUUAGGCCUGCAAACCCCAUAUCAGAUGGAAGACAAAAUCUUAUUUAAUGCGUUAGCAUUCAUAUGGGAGCGUUCAGGCUCGGCAAAGAGCUUUAUAGAAUACUGUGCAUUGUCAAUGGAAACAGAAGGGAUAGGCAAAGUUCAUUUGAUUCAAAGGUGGAUUGCAGACACCUUAAUAGGAACUGCUGAUGAAGGACAAAAGAUUGUGGGAGAUCUUGUCAAUGCCUUCUUGUUAGAGAGAUUGCAGAAUGGAGAGUUCGUGAGAAUGCGGGAUGAAAUCCGUGAGGUGUUAUUAAGGAUGCUUAGAUCUGAAACAGAUCCAACCUUUCUUAGGUUAGGUGGAGGAGAGCUAACUAAGCCUCCAAACGAUGAGGCAUGGAAGGAAGCCAGGUGGAUGGAUUUGUCGAAUAAUAAACUAUCUGAGCUACCAGACAUGCCAAAUUGCCCCCUACUCAGGGAAUUAUCCUUACAAAUCAACCCUUAUCUGAGAGAAAUUCCUCCAUCAUUCUUUGAACGUAUGCAUGCCCUCCAAAUCUUAAACUUGUCAUAUACAAGAAUAAAUACUCUACCACCAUCUAUUUUUAAAUUAGGCCUACUCCGAGAUUUCUUUCUAAGAGGUUGUGAACUAUUGAUGCAGCUGCCACCUGAAGUUGGAGAACUCAAAAAUCUUGAGGUGCUUAAUCUUGAAGGGACUGAAAUUUUAAAUCUACCCAUGGAAGUUGGAAAACUGACGAAUUUAAAAUGCUUGAUAGUGUCAUUCUAUGGGCAUAAUCAGCAGGACAGAAAAUGUGGCCAGUCAAACACAAUGGUUCCCCAAAAUGUGAUAUCCAAUCUGGUUCAGUUGGUAGAGUUAAGCAUGGAUGUGAAUCCAGAUGAUGAGCGUUGGAAUGCAACUGUGAAACAUAUUGUCAAGGAAGUAUGCGGCUUAAAACAGUUAAAGGCUCUUAAAUUGUACUUGCCAGAAGUUAUACUUUUGGAAGAAUUUAGCAGGGAUGGGACCUCAUCAUCGACGUACCUGUCAUUGGUGCAGUUCAGGUUUAUUGUUGGCAGUUAUCUCAAGCGCAUCAUAUCUCGAUCACCACAUGAAGCCGCAGCUAAAUUUGAACAACAAAGGAGACACUUGAAGUAUGUGAAUGGUGAAAAUGUCCCAGACGACUUUAAGAAGGCACUGCAGCAUGCUACAGCUCUGUUCGUAGAUCGGCAUUCAACUGUCACUAGCCUAUCUCAAUUCGGGUUUGAAAACAUGAAGAAGCUAGAGUUUUGUGUGUUGGGAGAAUGUAAUGAGAUUCAAACUGUCAUAGAUGGAGCUGAAAUUUGUUACCGAGGAGACAACAAAGACGUUAAUGGAGAAAGCGUACUUGGAUCAUUGUCGUACUUGUGCAUUUAUUAUAUGAAGAGUUUAAGCAGCAUCUGGAAAGGGCCAAUUCUUACGGACUGUCUAUCCAGUCUCAAGUCCUUAGCAUUACAUACUUGCCCCCAACUUGUAAUUAUCUUUAAUUUGGAUUUGCUUCAAAAUCUCAACACCUUAGAGGAGCUUGUGGUUGAAGACUGCCCCAAAAUCAUCAGCCUAGUGAACCGUGGAGUUCACGAAAACCUUCCAUCCGCCAACUUCAAAUGGUAUCUUCCAAGGUUAAAGAGGAUUUCACUUCAUUACAUGCCUAAAUUGGUCAGCAUUUCUAGUGGCUUCCGGAUUGCACCAAAGUUAGAAUGGAUGAGCUUCUAUGGUUGCUGGAGUCUCAAAACUCUUCCCAUUGAUGAAGUUUCGGUUAAUGAUUUAAAGUUGGUCAUAGGAGACGCGGAUUGGUGGAGUGCAUUGAAAUUGACUACAUCAAAUUCUGGAUUUAGUCAACCGCAUAAUUUGGAUUCUAUAUUUGUUCCCAUUCAAACGAACAGAGAUUUGACAAUCCAGGUAGCAGAAAUUGUUACUCAACACAAAGCUCUGAGGCAAGACACAAAGCCUCCCCAACAACCAGGUUCUUCCGACUCUUUGAAGGCCACUGCCGUACAUGCUGGAACCACCUCAGAGGAGAAGCAGCUUUAUUACCCCACUCCAUCACCGCCACCGCUGUCAGCCUCUUAUACAAACUACCACAUCAAAGGGAUGGCUGAAGUACCGUGCUCUAUAGAGGAAAGGCCCGAUCCUGUCAGGAAAAUACGGGCACCGAAAAUAGAAGACAACACAUCACUGCACAAAGUUGUAGAAGAUGUAGUAAGUUUUCUAGAGGACAAGCAAACAAGAAGAAUAGGAAUCUGGGGGACAGUGGGAACUGGAAAAACCACAAUAAUGCAAAACUUGAACAAUCAUGGAGAUAUUGCUAAAAUGUUUGAUAUUGUCAUCUGGGUAACCGUCUCAAAGGAGUGGAGCAUCAAGAAGUUGCAAGAUGCUAUCAUACAGCGGCUGAAAAUGAAUAUAGCAAGCAAUGUUGAUGCUAAGGAAAUUGCCCGGAGAAUAUCUGAAGAGUUGAGGGGAAAGAAGUAUUUGAUUCUUCUGGAUGAAGUAUGGGACUUUAUUGAUCUACAUAAAAUCAUGCGAAUCAAAGACAAUCGGGAGAGCAAGGUGGUGUUGGCGAGUAGGUUCCGUGACAUAUGUAAGGCCAUGAAAGCUCAUGAGCUAAUCAACGUAAAACCAUUGCCAGAUCAUGAAGCUUUCAGCCUGUUUGAAGAAAAAGUGGGCCGGUCAAUUUACUUCCCACGAAUUCAAGAACUAGCUAAGUCGGUGGUUAAAGAGUGCGGCGGUUUGCCAUUGCUAAUAGACAAAGUAGCUAGAGACUUCAGAAAGAAGGGGGAAGAUGUUUCCAUCUGGAGAAAUGGAUUGAAACGUUUGCAAAGAUGGGAGGCUACAGAAUCCAUGCAUGAAGUGAUUGAAUUCAUGAAGUUUUGUUACCAUCUUUUAGAUAGUGACAAAAAGAAAGCUUCUUUUCUGUAUUGUGCGCUAUUUCCCGAAGAGUAUGAUAUUUAUAUAGAUUACUUGCUUGAAUGUUGGAGAGCUGAAGGUUUUAUUGGUUCACGUGAUCAAGGGCACCGGAUAUUGAAUACGCUUAUCGAUCUAUCGCUCUUAGAGAGGAGUGAAAAGAGGGCAUAUUGUGUUAAAUUGAGCAAAAUGCUUCGGACCCUGGCCCUUAAAAUAUCAUCAGAAACUACAGAUUCAAAAUUUUUGGUCAAGCCCCGUGACAGAUUAAAAGAACCUCCAAGAAGGGAAGAAUGGGAACAGGCAAGUCGUAUCUCUUUGAUGGAUAACCAACUACUCUCGUUGCCGGAAAGUCUAGACUGUUGUAAUCUCUCAACACUGUUUCUUCAAGGUAACAAGGACUUAAUCUCUAUUCCCAAGUUCUUUUUCGCAUCUAUGCAUGGUCUUCGUGUUCUUGAUUUGCAUGCCACUGGGAUUUCAUCACUGCCUUCAUCUCUAUCCGACUUAAUUUGCCUUAGAGCACUCUAUUUGAAUUUUUGCAUCAACUUGAAAGAACUCCCGUCUAGCAUAAAAGGGCUUUACCAUCUCGAGGUACUUGACAUUCGAGGGACGAAGCUUGAUUUAUUUCAAAUUGGAAGUUUAUUACGGUUGAAGUGUUUGCGGAUAUCGUUGUUUAAUUUCUGCAUGCAAAGCACCACUCAAAGGCAAUUUGGCAGCAUUUCAACCUUUGCCUCACUUGAAGAAGUGCAAGUUGAUGAUGAUUGCUCCAAACAAGGGUGGGAUGAGGUUGUAGAGAAUGUCAUUUUGGAGGUCACUGCCUUGCAAAAUUUGACUUCUCUUCAAUUUUACUUCCCCACAGUGGACACCCUAAAGUUAUUUGUCACAAGAAGCCCAGCAUGGAAGGAGGGUUCCCCUUUCACAUUUCAAUUCUCUGUUGGUUUCCAAGGCUUAAUGUUCUCUCAAGUUCCCGAGUGUUUUGAUGUUCCAUCCUACAACCAUCUGAAAUUGGCUAAUGCCAAUGGUGUGGAUCCUGUAAUCUCGGAGUUGCUUAUGCGAACCCAUACAUUUGCCCUAAUCAACCACCAUGGAGUUUCGACCCUAUCUGAUUUUGACAUUGAGAACCUGGACAAUUUGUUGGCUUGUUCGAUUGAAGGGUGCAAGGAAAUUGAAACCAUCGUCAAGGGAGAUGGUAUCACAAAGGGUGCUCUACAAAACUUGGAAUAUUUGUGCAUAUACAAUUUAAUGGAAUUGAAAAGCAUUUGGCAAGGGCCUGUUGUUGUUGGAAGCCUGUAUCAUCUGAGGAUUCUGACAUUAAUGAAAUGCCCAAAGUUGAAGAAGAUAUUUUCUAGUGGCAUGAUUCAGAAACUUCCUCACUUGCAGCUGUUGACAGUUCAAGAAUGUUAUGAAAUCGAAGAGAUAAUUAUGGAAUCUGAGAACCAUGGACUAGAUCCCAGUUCACUUCCAAAAUUGAAGAGCUUAGUACUCCUUGAUCUCCCACAACUGAGAUCCAUUUGGGUGGAUGAUUCAUUGAAGUGGCCAUCUUUACAGAGUAUUAGAAUAUUUAUGUGCAACAAACUAAAGCAUUUGCCUUUCAGCCAUGCCAAUGCAACCAGAUUGAGAUCCAUUGAAGGGGAAGAGUCAUGGUGGGAAACAUUAAAAUGGCAAGAUGAUGCCAUUAAAGAGAGAGUGCAAUCUCUUUGCAUCCUCAGCUAGCUUCUUCAAUUUCAUUCUCUCUGGAGCAGUGUCAUUGUAAGCUGAUGAACAAACCAAGAUACUUGCUCCUGCGGUUGCAAGCUUGCUUGUGGGAUUUGAUUCAUUUAAGGUGUGUUUGUCGUGGGAUUGGCUAGCUAUUACAGGUUGUAUUUGUUAAAUCUUUGCUACUGUGGAGUGUCUUUGUCUAAUUUGCUACCUUGGAUUGUAUUUGAUUAAGAUUAUCUUGUUCUAUGACUGUUUUGUUUUCAUGUAGUUUGUAUGCCAUUAAUAAUCUCUGAGGCUAAUAUA